AUAGCCGGCUGCUGGGUGGCAGCUGCAGCAGAAGAAGAGGGGAGCCGCACAGCGGGCGGAGGGGCCCGGACAACAACAGCAGAAGCCUCAGCAGCAGCAGCAGCAGCAGCACUAGCACUCUGGGGCGACGGCGAGGACGGCACCUCGUACCCUGCCCAACAUGGGGCCCCAGAGCGGGUGAAGGAGGAGGAAAAUAACCAUCACAACAACAGUAAGGACGGGGCUUACCUCGAACCCCAAGCAGCCGCUGCCACCACCAGAUGGGAAAAUACCUCCUUUAAGAGAUGCAAUACCAUAAUCUCACACAAGAGGAUAAUAGUCUCCUCAUGCUAAUAUUAUAAGGGCUGCAAGUGAAGACAACACGCUGCUGCAUUUUGACCCUUCUUGAAGAUAUUGCUGUGGUCAGAUAGUGAAAAGAGGUUUCUGCUCCAUGACAACAUGUCAUUAAGAGAUCUCAGCCCUCGGCAUGGUGCAAAAUCCCGCAGUAUGCAGAGAGCUUCAACGAUCGAUGUUGCCUCUGACAUGAUAGGUUUGUCUCUGACAGGAAAUAUCCAGGAUCCCGAUGAGCCAAUCUUAGAAUUCAGUUUAGCUUGCAGUGAGCUGCUUACUCCAUCGCUAGAUAGGAAGCCAAAUAGUUUUGUAGCAGUGAGCGUAACUACACCUCCUCAGGCCUUUUGGACAAAGCAUGCACAGACAGAAAUUAUCGAGGGAACAAGCAAUCCCAUCUUUCUCAGCAGUAUUGCCUUUUUUCAAGACUCUCUUAUUAAUCAGAUGACGCAAAUAAAACUUUCUGUAUAUGAUGUUAAAGAUAGAUCUCAGGGAACUAUGUAUUUAUUGGGUUCUGUGAUGUUUACUGUAAAAGAUUUACUGAAGGAAAGACACCAUAGGCUGCAUUUAACACUAAGAUCUGCGGAAAGUAUUCGUGUUGGCAACGUUACAGUCAUAGGAUGGCAAAUGGAAGAAAAAACGGACCAAAGACCUCCUGUUACCAGGUCUCCUGAUAUGAUCAAUGGAAGGACUGUGCUGCCUGUUGAUGAAAGUUUAACAGAGUCAUUAGGAAUCCGAUCCAAAUACGCUUCAUUGAGAAAAGAUGCUUUAUUAAAGUCUGUGUUUGGAGGAGCCAUUUGUCGGAUGUAUCGUUUCCCCACCACAGACGGGAACCAUCUGAGAAUAUUGGAGCAAAUGGCAGAGAGUGUGCUCUCCCUACACAUUCCCAGGCAGUUUGUGAAAUUGCUUCUUGAGGAAGAUGCUGCAAGGGUUUGUGAACUUGAGGAACUGGGAGAGCUGUCUCCUUGCUGGGAAAGUCUUCGGCGGCAAAUAGUGACUCAAUACCAAACCAUCAUUCUGACCUACCAGGACAACCUCACAAACCUUCAUCAGUACAAAGGUCCAUCUUUCAAAGCAAGUAGCCUGAAAGCUGAUAAGAAGUUGGAAUUUGUGCCCACGAAUUUACACAUCCAGCGUAUGAGAGUCCAAGACGAUGCAGGUUCAGAUCAAAACUAUGACAUCGUAACCAUAGGAGCACCAGCAGCUCAUUGUCAAGGCUUUAAAUCUGGAGGUCUGCGGAAAAAGCUGCAUAAAUUUGAAGAUGCAAAGAAACACAGUUAUGAGGAAUGUUGCACUGCAACCACAACCCAGUCAAUAAUAUACAUACCACAGGAUAUUAUACGAGCAAAGGAGAUUAUUGCACAAAUCAAUACCCUGAAAACGCAAGUGAGUUACUAUGCAGAAAGACUCUCCAGAGCUGCCAAGGACAGAUCAGCCAAUGGACUCGAAAGAACACUUGCCAUUUUGGCUGAUAAGACAAGGCAGCUUGUCACCGUCUGUGACUGUAAGCUGUUAGCAAAUUCAAUACAUGCACUGAAUGCUGCAAGACCAGAUUAUAUAGCAUCAAAGGCAUCGCCAACCUCUACAGAGGAAGAACAAGUAGUGCUAAGGAAUGACCAAGACACUUUGGUGGCCAGAUGGACAGGCAGAAAUAGUCGCUCUUCUUUGCAAGUAGACUGGCAUGAAGAAGAAUGGGAAAAAGUCUGGAUCAAUGUUGACAAAAGUCUAGAAUGCAUUAUCCAGAGGGUGGAUAAACUUCUCCAGAAAGAGCGAUUACAAAGUGAUAGCUGUGAAGAUGUUUUCCAGUGUGAUGUCAGCUGUUCUAGCAAGAAAGGUAAACGGGAUACCCGUGCAUACUGGAUAAAGCCAAACACCUUAAAUUCAACCUCAGCACCUUCAUCACCCCAAUCAUCACCAUCAUCAUCUCCAUCAUCAUCUCCAUCCAUAUCAUCCUCUGCAUGCCAUUGUCCCAGAAUCACAAAUUCCAGCCCUACUCCUGAAGAAUCCUGCCCAGGUGAAUGGAGCGAGGCUCUUUACCCGCUGCUGACAACACUCACAGACUGUGUGGCCAUGAUGAGUGACAAAGCAAAGAAAGCCAUGGUCUUCCUCUUGAUGCAAGAUAGCGCCCCGACAAUAGCUCUUUAUCUGAGUCUUCAGUACCGGAGGGAUGUUGUCUUUUGCCAAACUCUUACAGCCCUGAUCUGUGGCUUUAUCAUCAAGCUGAGGAACUGCCUGCAUGAUAAUGGAUUCCUGAGGCAGCUUUACACCAUUGGCCUGCUGGCACAGUUUGAAAGCCUUUUGAGCACUUAUGGCGAAGAGCUGGCAAUGCUGGAGGAUAUGAGUUUGGGAAUAAUGGACUUGAGGAACGUGACAUUUAAAGUAACUCAGGCCACAUCUAAUGCAUCUGCUGACAUGCUGCCAGUCAUCACAGGAAACCGUGAUGGGUUUAAUGUGCGGAUUCCAUUGCCAAGCACCUUGUUUGAUGCGCUGCCCCGUGAGAUUCAGAGUGGCAUGUUGCUGCGAGUUCAACCUGUUCUGUUUAAUGUGGGAAUCAACGAACAACAAACCUUAGCAGAGAAAUUUGGAGACACCUCAUUGCAAGAAAUGAUUAACAUGGAAAGCUUAGUGCGACUGAAUUCUUACUUUGAGCAGUUUAAAGAAGUUUUACCUGAAGACUGUCUACCUCGAUCCCGUAGUCAAACGUGCCUCCCUGAACUUUUGCGAUUUCUAGGACAGAAUGUACAUGCAAGGAAAAAUAAGAAUGUUGAUAUUCUUUGGCAAGCUGCUGAGAUUUGCCGCAGACUAAAUGGAGUCCGGUUUACAAGCUGUAAAAGUGCCAAGGACAGGACUGCCAUGUCAGUGACCCUAGAGCAGUGCCUAAUAUUGCAGCAUGAACAUGGCAUGGCCCCACAGGUCUUCACACAGGCCCUGGAGUGCAUGAGGAGUAUUGGAACACGGGAGGUAGUCACCCAGAAGAACUUGUGUGGCCUGGUGCCCAUCCGGGAUUUCAGGCUAGAUCCCAGUCUUCUCUACUCUAUUCCUUUACUAGCUCUGAGCCCCAAUUUACUGAUUGUGUGGCUGUUUCUGAGCGUGGCUUACCUGGUGGCCAGAUUACGUUGCAAAUGAAGAUAAGUUUAAAAAACAAAUAAAGCAAAAAUCCAAUGAAGUGCCAGAAUUAUUUAUUGCCACCUGGUACCUAUUUGUCAAAAAGGAAUGUCUCAUAGCAUUGUCUGCCAAGAAUUAUUAUUAUUAUGCCUUACAAUUUUGUGUUUCUAUUGUAUUAAAUCUGUAAAUACACAUCAAAUUAUUUUAUGAAAAGGAAUUGUAUUGAAUGCUUACACUGUUGUUACACUUUCAGUGCUUGUAACAUAGUUUGACAGCAGCCUGAAGAUUAAUUUCUCUUAUCAAAUAUUUUUCAGGCAUCCAAAUCCUGUGUAUCUUUCUCUCACUCUUUAAUCACAUACAGUUUUGUUUCACAUGUUUCAUGUAUUCGGGAGAAAGGAACUCUGUCUAAAGAGAAUUUGUAUCUUUUUUGUAUAUUCUUAAUGGUAUGUCAUUCUUGCCUUUCAUAUUAACGUGAUAACGCAAACAAAAAAGGUGGGGGUUGUAACUGUUAUCUAAACAGAUAUACUAACAUACCUUUCUGCUUUGAUUUUUACCCAUACUUCCUAAAUUAUGAUUAUCAGAGCUUCUAACUACAUGUAUAUCCUUUUCUCAUAGUAAGAUCAAUUGCAACAUAUUAUAUCCAUUUUGAAAAUAAUUAACUUGAACAGCAGUAUACUGCAUGCAAUAUACUUUCAGUAUAUUUAUAUAACUACUUUUUUAUUCUAUCAAAAAGAGGAGAAUGUAGAAAGUGUAGCUUAUUUGGUCAUCUAUAAUUCUAUUUGCAUCUUCUUUGGAGAAAUAUUUUUAUAUUCUAUGGUAAUACCAUGUGUGAAUAGUAAUAUUUAAUAUUGCCAUAAAAGAUGCACUAAUUCAUUCAGCUCAGAGUUAAACAUUAAACUUUAAAAUAUCUGAGAGAUUCUUACAUAUAUCGGUAAGUGUCCCUAGAAAAAUUAUACUAAAAUUCCAGUGGGCAACAGGGAGUUAUCACUUAUUUUCUACAUGGUUAUUUAGUGAAAAUAAUUGGAUAUUAAAAGUAGCAACAAAACUUUGACAAGAUUUCUAAAUGUUAUGUUCUGUUGCACUACAUCCCACUUAAAUUAAUAUACUGGAUCUCAUUAAUUUGGACUGCCAACAUAAAAGGAGAAUGCAGCCUUGCAUGCUGCUAUUCAUGGAGUGAUUUGUAUGUUACCAGAGUUAAAUGGGAACGGCUUCUAUAGUUAGAUGCUAGUAUGCUCUAGAACAGUGGUUCUCAAUCUGUGGGUCCCCAGGUGUUUUGGCCUACAACUCCAGAAAUCCCUGCCAGUUUACCAGCUAUUAAGAUUUCUGGGAGUUGAAGACCAAAACUGCUGGGGACCCACAGAUUGAGAACCACUGCUCUAGAAAUAUUUAUAGCAAGCAGUGAUUUCAUUAUCAUUACAACAUCACUUUUGCCCUAGAUGCCAAAGUUUCCUGCCCCAUGAAACUUAUUCCUGCAAAUUUUACUAGCAUAGUGUACAUAUGAUCUGCCUUUGCAGGGGCAAGAACCACAAGACUUAAGUAAUGGUAACAUUAUUUAAUGGUAAUAACAGAUCCUGUGACAAAUUUAUUACAACAUAUUGCAAGAUUUCCCUCAUAUGGAAUGCCAUAGAUCAAGAUUAUUUCAAUUUAUAAGACACCUUUUUCUAAACAAGUUUGAAGGUGUACCACUUCAUCCAUCCCUUGGAAAUUUCCACUGCAUGCACUGAGCUUUUUCAUAUGAGGAAGCAGCCAGUUGUCCCAUUAAUUGUACCAACAGAAAUCUUCUUCCAACAACCAGGCAAGGAAACAUAAUAUGACCCAUAUUAUUAAUAAAUAUAUGAAUAUUACGUGGGUCCACAAUCCUUUAAAAAACUAUCCAAUUAUAUGAACCUGAUAAAUUCAAUACCUUGGACAAUUACUUUGAAGUUUAGCUCAAAAUCUAGUGUGCGAUCACUCCCCUUCUGAGACCGAAGCUUACAGCUGGCGCUAUGGACUCGUUUAUUUUUGAGCUUUAUUUGCAAAUAAUCUGACCUUUGCUUCUGCAACGUUGGAGAUUUUGGGCUAAAUCCAAAGUUAGUCUUAACUAAAGCAAGAUGGCUAAGUCCCACCAAUUUGUGGAUACCUUUUAGUGAUAUUAAUUGGCAUUUGCCCCAGGUGAAAAGCACUUAGCCCUAGUUUUUUCUUUUAGACUGCAUGCAGCUGUUAGCAUUUCAUAUCUUUUGCAAUGCUGGCUAUAACUGAUGAGAAUUUAGACCAACAACAUCUGGAGCACUGUAUCAUUCUAGCCUUGAUUUAGUCUAUUGGUACCUGCUCUGCAUAUGCAGUUUUGUUUCUAUAUUUAAGUUUAGAAGAAAUUGGUAUCGCUUCUAAUGAAUUUGGAUGUCAUCCUGUAUCUACAGAUAUAUCCAGCCCUCCAUAUCCACCAUUUCAACCAUCCAUGGCUGAAAAUAUUCCAAAAUUCCAAAAAGCAAGCCUUAAUUUUGCCAUUUCAAAUAAGGGUCACCAUACCGCUAUGGUAAAAUACAGUGUUUUGGGGAAAGGAUAAUAAAAUAACUUCUCCAUGAAAUCAAACUGUUUAUAUUAUAGUUGAAUUAAAGAUAUCAGCUCGGCCCAGUUUUGUAAAAGGCUGAAAAAAGGUAAAGGGGAUAUUAAUCCUAUUGAUUUCAACAUGAGACAUAACCAUUGGCUUUAUCCUCUCCCCAAAAUCAAAAAAGCUUUUAAAAAGAAUUUUCGUGACUGGAUCUUGCCUUAUGUUGCUCAUGGAAUAAAUGAUUAUAAAUCAAACCCCAGUGCACUUUGUAAACAAUGUUGCUCCGGUUUGACAAAGAGCAUGUUAAAUGUUUCUGUCCUUAGUUGUUAAAAUAUGAAUGAGCUAUAUCGCAGCCAUAUGUUUUUAACGCUUCUGCUCUGGCAUGAAACCACCUUUAUUUUAUUUUGUUUUCUUCUGUGUUCAAAGGAGCCAAAGAAAGAAAAUUAGGAAAUAUAUUUUGAUGGUCUAAGUAAAUUCAUGUAUAUUGAAAUGAUGUGCUUCCUUGUAUAGCCAUUUUUAAACACUGUGUGUUCAUAAAAUUGAGUGGCCUUUGCAAUGGAUUUCAGGAUUAUGAUAAAUAAGUGCAAUAGAGUUUAGAACCCAGGCUCUAAAUGUUAAAGUAGCCACAUUGUAGCAUUGCUGGGUGACUUGUAGUCUGUAUCAGGUGGGGCAUCUCUUCCUUCCCAUAUUGUGUGUGCUCUUCUCUUUGCUCUGUUCACAAGCUCUUUCAUUGCCAGUAUUUAACCUAGGAUUAAGAGAUCUGACAGUACUGUUCACCCCUUCUCCUUUUCUCCUUGAAUUUUCUCCUUCCUUUCUCUUUCUUCUGGAUCAUGGUUUCUGGAUAACAAGGUUAACUGAGAUUCCCAUAGGAAGUAGGAUUUAAAGGUGGCUUACUGUCCUUGGUUAAUAAGGAACCUGGUUAGUUAUAGUUAACAUUGGUACAUGCUAACAGUAAACCACUGUUAAAUCCUGGAAAUGAAGAGAGUGGAUAUUUGCCUUGGAGAAGAAUAAGGAAGGAGUUGGAUAAAUCCAUAGCCCCCAUGAUUUCCCAGGUUAGAUACUUAGCAGCAUUAUAUGUGUGAUAGAUAAAUAUAAGGAAAUUUUGUAUAGCUAAAUGAAAAGUUUCUUGAAUUUGGUUGAGGUUUGGAUAUGAAAAAGUCAUCCCUCCCAAAACCAACCAAAAAGUGUACAAGUUUCAGGGACAGUGACUGUGUUAGUGCUCAUUUAUUUUCUUCAAACAGAUUGUUUGUGCUUGACAGGUUAUCCAGUUAUUCUUCCAACCUUCAGUAUAGCCGUUGCUGAACUAUUAUGGAGGGAAUCGUUAUUUAAAAACAUUUAGUUAGAAAAUGGCAUUUUCUUUCAUUGUUGAUAAGUGUCUGUGUGCAAUAAAAUGACAUAUUGUGCCAUGAAAUAUUUGAGAACACUAGAAAGAUAGACAUGCAUUGCAGCAAAAUACAUUGCUUUUCAGAACAGCCACUGGGCAUAGCAUGUCUCUAUUUCAUGCGCAUCAUUGUUUAGUGAUUUCACAACUUUUGAUAUUUGCAAUGGCAAAUGAUUCAAGCACCCAUUCAAGUAUGUUAAUGAUGUGAAGUAAUUGCCUCAUUUCAUUACAGUUUAAAUAUUUGGGCUUUUUUGUUUUUGUUUUUUUGUUUUUACCGCUGUCAUUUUCUUUUGUGCUUGUCUUUCU